ACGUAACAAACUAACCGUUCCUUUGCUGACGUGGAAUCCUGUAUUCUCUUUACUGCCUCUUGUUCUCUGCAACUUCCCCAUUAGCACCCCCUCUCUCUCUCUCUAAACACUUUCUCUCACUAAAAGGACGAACUUACACAGAGCAGCAGGCUUCUUCGAAGAUUUCCUUGAGAAGAUGUGUUUCUCGAGUGAUUAAUUGAAGGCGAUUUGUAAGGAAUUUUCGGCUAAUUUGUCUGUUGAGAUCGAUUUCGAUGAUGACUUGCUGUAGAUGUUCGUACUUCAGUGUAUUUGCGUUGUUGUUGUUUCUGGUUCCACAGCGUUCUGCUCAUACUGAUAAUCUCGAAGUUAAAGCUCUUCAGGAUCUGUAUAGUUCUUUUAAUAGUCCACCACAGCUCAAAGGAUGGAAAUCAAGUGGUGGUGAUCCGUGUCAAGAAUCAUGGACUGGAGUUACAUGUUCUGGUUCUUCCAUCAUCCAAAUUAAACUUGACAAUCAUAACAUUAGUGGAAACCUUGGUUACCAGCUCAAUAAUCUCCUUAACUUGAAGCAACUGGAUGUUAGCAACAACAACAUUUAUGGUGAAAUUCCAUACAGUCUACCUUCAAAUCUAACACAUCUAAAUUUGGCAUGCAACAAUUUAAGCCAAUACAUACCUUACUCAAUAACUUCCAUGAAAAAUCUUAAACAAAUGAACUUGAGCCACAACUUUUUGUCGGGGCCUAUUGGCAAUGUGUUUACAGGCCUGUCACUUCUCGAAGAAAUGGACUUGUCUUACAACCAAUUUAUAGGGGACCUACCAAGCUCAUUUGGAACACUCAGAGGCCUUUCAAAACUGUUCUUGCAGCAUAAUGAAUUCACAGGAUCAGUAAUCUAUCUAGCUGGCCUUCAACUAACAGACCUGAACAUACAGGAUAACCAUUUUAGUGGUAUUAUUCCAAAACAAUUCCAGGACAUACACAACCUGUGGUUUGGGGGUAAUAUGUUUGGCAAAGGGGAGAACGGCCCACCCUGGGAUUUCCCUCUGGACAGUCCACUAGAUCAGCAGAAUAUUACCUUUCCACCAUCUACCGAAUCAAAUGCAGUUGAAACUUAUCCUUUGCCUGAAUCCAUGAUGCAUAAAGGGAAGAAAAUGAGCAAAAUAGGAGUUUUAGUUGGUGGCGGUACACUAGUGGUUGCAUGCUUACUACUUUUCGUGUUUCGGUUCUAUAAAUGUGGUAGAAAGCUUAGAAGACACGAAAGCAGUAUAGGCUCACGGCAUUCUCUUCCGCUGAGUCUAGCUAGAGAUACAGAUUGUCCAUUUGAUGUCCCUGAGGAGAACCUGGAAAUCUCAGUUGCCAGCUCACCUAGUGGUUUAAGGCAUUUUCGUCCAGCCCAUACUAAAUUUGUGAGAGUAAAUAGAAGAAGAAGUUUUGCUAAGAAGACUAGAACUCCUAUUGGUGCGAAACUGUACACGGUAGCUGAGCUGGAACUAGCCACAAAUAGUUUCAAUCGGACUAACUUUCUAGGAGAAGGAUCUCUUGGCACAGUGUUCAGAGGAGAUUUCCCUGAUGGACAAGUGUUUACCGUGAAGUGUAUCAGCACGGUUGCACUCUCUCUUCUUGAAGAACAGCAAUUUUUGGAGGUUAUUUGGAACGCAUCCCAUUUAAGGCAUCCAAACAUCAUAACACUUCAUGGUUACUGUGUAGAACAGGGGCAGCAUAUGCUUGUGUAUGAAUAUGUAAGAAACCUCUCUCUUGAUCAUGCUUUGCAUUCUGAAGCAUACAUGCCUUUAUCUUGGGGUAUGCGUCUCAAAAUUGCUCUUGGAAUAGCCCGAGCUUUGAACUACUUGCAUUCCAUUUGUGUGCCUCCUUUGGCUCACAGAAACUUGAAGUCUGCUAAUGUCUUACUUGAUGAAGAUCUAAUUCCUCGCGUCUCUGACUGCUGUCUAGCUAUUUUGAAGCCACUAACUAUAAAUAGUGCAAAAGCUGAGGGUUCUGAAACGGUUGCUUCUGAAGACAUCCAACCUGUAUCUAGCUACCAGAAGGAUGACAUCUAUGCCUUUGGGGUGCUGCUACUGGAACUUUUAACCGGAAAGAAGGCUUUUGAUAGCGGAAAAGAAGAGAGCUCUCUUGUGCAGUGGGCUUCUUCACGUCUCCACGACAGCGAGUCCUUGGAUGAGAUGGUUGAACCAGCCCUGAGAAAAACAAUCCCCCCAAAAGCUCUGUCACGGUUUGCUGAUAUCGUCUCCAUGUGUACUCAGGGUGAGAAGAGACUGAGACCAUCGAUAUCAGAAAUCAUGGAAUCAGUGACGAGUAUGAUAGAAGAGUACCGCAAAAUGAGAAGCGCAGAUAUUGAUCCAUACGAGAGGUCUUUCCGGUCAACUCAGUCGCGCACCCGUUUCCUUGGAUCACCAUCAGCCACCAAUAUGUCUUACUGAUCUAUCUUGCAUAUAAUACACACAAGGAUCUUGUGUUACUAUUGUUCUCUUGUCAAAUUUAAAUCCAGCCCCUAUAUAGAUUCGACAAAUAUAGAACUGCUUACUUCAUUUCA